CUCUCCGCUGGCUUACACACACAACAACAACUUACAUCGCAAGCUAGCUAGAUCGAUGGCGAUGACCAAUUGCCUCCUCGCGCUCGCCAUCGCGGGCGUCGUGCUCGUCUCCCUCCCUGGACUCUCGCGCGGCGACGGCGAGUGCAACCCGAGCGGCGCGAUCCGGUCGAGCACGACCCACCGGUGCCAGGACUGCUGCAAGGCCGGCCAAUCCUACCCGACGUACACUUGCUCGCCGCCGACCACCGGGAGCAGCACCGACGCGGUGAUGACGCUGAACGACUUCGACGCCGGCGGCGACGGCGGCGGCCCGUCGGAGUGCGACGAGAUGUACCACAGCAACACGGAGCUGGUGGUGGCGCUGUCCACGGGGUGGUACGCCGGCGGCAGCCGCUGCGGCAAGAGCGUCCGGAUCAACGCCAACGGCAGGUCCGUGCUCGCCAAGGUGGUCGACGAGUGCGACUCCCAGCGCGGCUGCGACGAGGAGCACGCCUACCAGCCGCCGUGCCGCCCCAACGUCGUCGACGCGUCGCAGGCCGUGUGGGACGCGCUCGGCAUCACCGGCGAGGACGUCGGCGAGUACGAUAUCACUUGGUCGGACGCAUGACAUCCAAACUUUUUCAUCAUGUCAUCAAUUACGAAUUAAGCUAUGAGAUCGUGUAGCGUACUCGGGUGGAUUAAAGUCUUAAUAACGAGCACGGUCACAUCCGAAAUGAAUAAAUAUUAAAACACUGUAAUAAAGGACAUGGGCAUUGCUGCAAAAGAGCCCUACCGCCGAGGACUUCUGAGAAUGACCGUGCACUAGGUUGUCCACACAUUUCAGCCUUCAGAUUACUGGAUUUCUUUUUAUUUUA